CAUACAUGUUUUACCAAAGAGCACUGCGUACAUUACGAUAACGCCAUAUUGGACACACUUUCCAUUUAAUCAUGUUGCUUUUCCAAUGCAGUGUUGUAUUUUUAAUCGUCGUUUAUACAAACUGCUGCUGUGGAGCUGAUCCGAAUACUGCCGCGAUACAAGUCGGAGCUAAAGAGUUGCUCAACUCCCGUAAAAACUGGAGUUGGGGUUCGUAUGCCAACGCGGAGGCCAUUUUAGGGCUGAUGCUGGCGAAUGACACGUGGUACCGAAAGGACGAUGCAGACUCCGUGGUCAGUGUUCAGGCCAUGCACAUUGAACUCCUAGCAGCAUUAUCACGCAACAGUAUGCUGGAAGAUGCAGAAUGGUCAAACGGAAAGCUAGCACAAUACGUCAGUGCGAUCCAGAUGACCUGUUACGAUCCAAAGGAUUUCUACGGACACAAUCUCGUCUAUAUUCUCAGUGGACAUAUGACCCAGAACAGGGAAUACUUUAUGCGGCAGAGGUUUGCCCUCUCGUGGGGAGUGUUGGCACUCUGUAAUGCCAAUGAACACAUAGAGGAGACGUUUAAGAAGCUUCUCGGCAACCCAUCAACAAACUUCACAUUUGGCGUUGACGAAGCCGCCAUGACUCUGAUGGCAUUGACCUGUAUCAAAGACACGAUAGGUCGACAGUCGGCUGAGAAUUUUAUAGUGAGACUGCUCAGGUCAGGGGUAACACUUGGAGAAUACUCCAGUAGUCUGGCAAUACAGGCUUUGAGGGCUGCAGGCACAAUGGGUGUUGACGACCUUAUCAGUAGGAUUACCGCUGAUCUAAGACAAUCUUUACUUAACAAAACAUCAUCACUGAUGACCCCUGCCGGAGCCCUCCACAUCCUUCCAGCUCUCGCGGGAACAUCACCUUUGGACAUAGGGAGGACCGUCUGUCAACAAGAAACUAAUGGCAUGUCGAAUGUCACAUCAUCAAGUGAGGUGACAUUGAAGAUCACAGUGGAUGAUGGACGGGCCCUGUACACUCCAGACUCGUGGACUAUUACCAUAGCUAAUGGAACUACGCUGUAUGAUGCAAUGUUGGUUCUUCAGCAACGUACAUCUUCAUUCAGAUUCCAGGCGACUCAUUCAUCGUUUGGUUACUCAGUGGAGUCCAUAAAUGGCGUCAGAUCUGAUACCACCAAAUCUACAUACUGGCAGAUCCUUCAAACUGGAAACAUACCCAUUUCUUCUAGUGUGAGCGGGACUAUUCCAAAGGAGGGAGAUCAUUUCAUUUUUCGUUUAAAAACUUGGGGGCACUAAAUCACAAGGUUCAACAGUCAACAGCAAAACAUCAAAUCACUGCGGUUGUUUAACAGCGUGGUAGUUUUCUGAUUAAAAAUAGCUGCUCUUCUCUCA